AUGGGAAGGAAUAAAAUUGACAUUCAAUAUCUAAAAGAUGAUCGUUUAAGGAAUGUAAAUUUAUUAAAUUAAUUACUUAUUCUACUAUUUUUAGAAACUACUAUAUAAUUUAAAUAACUAAUUAAUAUUAUUUUAGAUCACAUUCAAUAAAAGAAAAAAUGGUUUGUUGAAAAAAGCAUGUGAAUUGGCUGUAUUGUGUAACAUAAAAAUGCUGUUGUGUUUUAGUGAUUUAAGUGGAAUUGUAUAUUAAUUUACUUCAAAUGAAAAUACUGUAAUGGAGAUGAUGUAAUCAAAUCAUAAAAAAGUUUUUACAAAAUUGGAUGUAUGUAAACUAUGUCUAUAUUUUAUAGUAUCCAGGAUUUUAAAAGAGAAAAGAGAGUGAAUCUUAAUCAGAAGAAGAGAGUGAAUAAAGUAUUGAACCAAAAAGAACAAGAGCAUAAAAUCAAUAAUAAUAAUAAUAGAUAUAAUAAAAAAACUAUUAGUAAUAAACUAAGAAUGUUUAAAAGUAAAUUAGAUAAAGAAAUAAAAUUAUAGAUAGUGUUGAUUAAAUAUAAUAAGAACCUUAAUAUUAAUAAGAUUCAAGAAAAAUGUUAAAGAUAGAAAACAAACAAUAGGAAUAGGAUUUUCUAAGAUCUCAAAUGAGAAUUAAAAAUAGAACUAAUAAUAAUGAUGAAAUAGUUGUCAAUGAUAUAAUUGAUCAUUAAUAAGCUAGAAAUUUUGAUGAUCUCUAUUAAUGUGGAAAUCAAUUUGAUGAAUAAUCUAAUUCUUAAUAAGAUCAUCAAGAUUAUAAACAAUAAUUAUCUAUGUUUACUAAUUCUAAUCCAAUGAAACUUAUCAAAAUGGAUAGUUUACUUAACGGUAUUAAUAACAGUAAACCAAAUAAUUUUCUAAGUGAAUAAUAUAAUAAAUUCUUUAAUAAUAAAAACAGAGUAUUAUUCAUAUCAAUAAUAUAGAUUGAUUCUUUAAAUAAUAGUAAAGUGUUACAAUCAAGUGUUUAAUUUAUUGUUCCACCUUAAGUAUAUUUCAAUAUUCCUCCUUCUCCAAUUGGUGAGGCUAUGAAUAAAGUUUAUGUAGGAGUAGAUGAACCAAAUGAAUACAAUAUAGGAUAACCUUAAUAUUUUGAUGGUUUCAAAAAAUACUCUAAAUGA